AUGUCACGGCACCGAGGAGCCCCCGCACAGCGUCGAAGGGUGGAAGGAGCGCCGCAGCGGCCAAGGUGGACGCUUGCGGGCUCUAUGGAGGAUGUCCGUAGUGUGCGGGGUGGCCAAAUCAAUAUAAUUUUGCUGAACGACUUCCUUCGGCAGUACGUUGGCCCCGACAGAGCGGUGGCUGAAGACCAAAAUGUGGUGAUGGAGGUGUUUGUGCGUGGGCCAGACAGGUACGUUACAGAGCAGAGGCGUCGUGAGGGGAAAUUCUCAAUUCCACCAGGGUAUCAGCUUUUUGAAGAUGCACGCAAGCUUACGGAGCGCAUGGUGGGCACGCUGCGAGACUGGAAGGAAUUUACAGAUAAGAGUAUUGUCUCUGCUAUUACACGAACAAAACUGAAGGCAGCUCUUCAACUAGCGUAG